UCGAGUUUGAUUUCAUUCGGUAUCGAAAUGUGCAGACUCUAGACAUUCCGUUUUCCAACUAUACGACAUUUGAUUACUUACAUUUAAAUUUCGAUUAUUUGAAGCGGUUCAAUGCGUCUCACAAUAAUUUAACGGAAGUGCACGAGUAUCAAUUCAAUAACACCAAACAACUAACGGAAGUGGACUUUUCGCACAACCAAAUCAAAAAUCUUCACAAAUUAACAUUUUCAAAAGUAUCCAAGCUAUCCACAAUAAAUAUUUCGCAUAAUCAAAUCGAAGAAAUGGAUUCGGAUUUAUUUAGUGAGCUUUCCGAUUUAGAAGUACUCGACCUAAGUGAUAAUGAAAUUGGAGCGAUUCCUGAGGACGCUUUUAAAAAGAAUUCCAAAUUAAAAACAUUAAACCUAAAAAAUAAUCCAAUCUGGCGGUUAGAUUGCAGCAUUACACAGUUACUGAAUGGCAUGACUUCAAUAAAUGUGUCAUUCGAAAAUGUUAUUGGGUUCGAUUUAACUUGUGCAACGCCAAUCGAAUGGGCAAUGAAUGAAGAAGAAAUAAUUUUCAAGAACGCAAACAACCAAAAUGAGCUACGAUACCCUAAGAUGAAAUUCAAAAAUUUAAGAACACUCUCCAUCUGGAGAAAUCGAUUGCAUAACUCACUAGAAAUAGUGGACAUGUUGGGAGAAUCGAUUGAGGACCUGAAUUUAAAUGGAAACAUAUUGGGGAAGAUAGAUGAGACAACGUUUCAUGGUUUCAACAACUUGCACUCUUUAUAUCUAAGUGAAACCAAUCUUUCAUUCGCUGCUGAAUCUAAUCCCUUCGAGCAUCUUAACAAACUGACGCAUCUCGAUAUUUCUCACAACAAUUUAACAUCACUGAAUGUCAGUUUACUUUCAAAAACUUUGAGUAAUUUGGAAAUAUUCCUAGCGGCUGGAAAUCGCUUUGAUAACAGUCUAGGAAUCAUACAAAGUCUCGGAUCAAAUCUAUUGCUAUUGCAUUUUUCUCAGAAUAUCAUCGGAGCAUUGAAUCUCAGCACAUUUGAACGUUUCAUAGAUAUGUCUUGGUUAAAUUUGUCAGACACACAUUUGGAACACUUCGAUGUGAAUCCACUCAAAGUUUCGACUUUAGAUAUUUCCCGAAACAAAUUGAAGCGGUUGAACGUGAAUUUACUGUCGGAUACUUUGAAUAGGCUGCACGAAUUUUGCGCAGCCGGUAAUUAUUUCGAAAAUACGGCUGAAAUCAUACAACAUUUGGGAUCAAAUUUAAACGAACUGGAUAUUUCUGGAAAUUAUAUGGGAACAUUGAAUGAAACUACAUUUGAACAAACCCAAAAUAUUCAGCGGCUUUGGCUACGACGCACCAAUUUAUCGAUUUCUGAUGUUAAACCCUUUGAAACUUUGGCGAUUGUUUUGAAGUACCUCGAUAUUUCGAACAAUAACUUGACACAAUUGAACUUCUCAACGUCGUUAGUUUUCGAGAAUUUAAAAGUGAUUUACUUGCGCGAAAACCAUCUUACGCAACUGGAUGGUCUUUUUAAGCAUUCAUAUCCAAAGCUCACCGAAUUGGAUAUCACAAAUAACCAAUUGAAUUGCACUACUUACCUAUCUAUGGUCAGAACAGAAUGGGAAAGUCUGAAUAUAAUCGGAAAUCCGUGCGGUGAUGAAGAUCGAACCCAAUCGACGACAAUUGCUCCAAAGACAUCUGUUCCACCUUCUUCUUCUAUUGUUUCGUAUGCUGUUCCGAUUGGUGUGUCUGCUCUAAACAUCAUCAUCAUUGUAGCCGUUGUUGUAUUCCUUCGUCGGAAAAAAUCUUCGAAAAGCAGUGGCCAAAUGGAAGUAUCCAACCACUCAAAUGGCAAUGGCGAAGAGCUACAGCCAGAACCACAACAAGAGGUAGAAUCAAAUCCGGAAGAUCACAUUUACGAGGAAAUCGAAGAACCAGAAUGCCCCUAUGACCACCUGGAAUUUGGAGUUCGUCCCAUGCCAAUAUCGACUGAAAACCAACACUACCAAAAUUUCACUCUGGUCAAUCUUGAUCGUGGAACUCGGCCUCAAAAUAAUGGAGAAAAUCGCCGCUUUUUAGACGGGCGACGUGAAAUGCUCCCAAUUUACAAUGAAUCAACACAAGAUUGAAAAAUCUUGUUUCAUUCGCGAAUGUCAGGAUGAAUUCAUUCGCAUUUACUUGCCAUUAUAGCCGACCGCAGCAG